UCAACCCCAGGACAGCGGACAGCCGGCCGGACACUUCCAAAGGUGCAGGAGCGAAGCAGCCCUCUCCAGCUGUGCACUGCACCUCCGCGGCCCGCGGGCGAGAUUGGGGUCCCGGUGGGAAGCAGACGCGCAAUCGGGGAGAAGCUCCAGCGGUGGAGGAAGAGUCCAGAGAGCUUCAGCUGGGCAGAAGGGGCGCAGAGGCUUGGGGCCAAGCGGAGUUUGCCCUGCGGGUCCUGCGCAAGGCCCCAGUGCCCAGGCUAAACCUUUACCGCAGGAUCCCGGAGCCGGCGUCCUUCAAGGAGCACAGAGGGCCCCGCAGCACGCCCCUUGCCCAGCGCCACCGACCCCUAAGCAGCGUCAAGGAAGGAGUCCCGAUCAAGGACAGGGAUCUGCGGCCAUGGCCGAGGCCGCGGAGCCGGAGGGGGUUGCCCCGGGUCCCCAGGGGCCGCCGGAGGUCCCCGCGCCACUGGCUGAGAGACCCGGAGAGCCAGGAGCCGCGGGCGGGGAGGCAGAAGGGCCGGAGGGGAGCGAGGGCGCAGAGGAGGCGCCGAGGGGCGCCGCCGCUGUGAAGGAGGCAGGAGGCGGCGGGUCAGACAGGGGCCCGGAGGCCGAGGCGCGGGGCACGAGGGGGGCGCACGGCGAGACUGAGACCGAGGAGGGAGCCCCGGAGGGUGCCGAGGUGCCCCAGGGAGGGGAGGAGACAAGCGGCACGCAGCAGGUGGAGGGGGCGAGCCCGGGACGCGGCGCGCAGGGCGAGCCCCGCGGGGAGGCUCAGAGGGAGCCCGAGGACUCUGCGGCCCCCGAGAGGCAGGAGGAGGCGGAGCAGAGGCCUGAGGCCCCGGAAGGCAGCGCGCCCGGGGAGGCGGGGGACAGCGUAGACGCGGAGGGCUCUCUGGGGGACAACAUAGAAACCGAGGGCCCGGCGGGCGACAGCGUAGACGCGGAGGGCCCGGCGGGGGACAGCGUAGACGCGGAGGGCCCGGCGGGGGACAGCGUAGACGCGGAGGGCCGGGUGGGGGACAGCGUAGACGCGGAGGGUCCGGCGGGGAACGGCGUAGAGGCGGAGGGCCCGGCGGGGGACGGCGUAGAGGCGGAGGGCCCGGCGGGGGACGGCGUAGAAGCGGGGGACCCGGCGGGGGACGGCGUAGAGGCGGGGGACCCGGCGGGGGACGGCGUAGAAGCCGAAGGCCCGGCGGGGGACAGCAUGGACGCCGAGGGUCCGGCAGGAAGGGCGCGCCGGGUCUCGGGUGAGCCGCAGGAAUCAGGGGACGGCAGCCUCUCGCCCCAGGCCGAGGCAAUUGAGGUCGCAGCCGGGGAGAGCGCGGGGCGCAGCCCCGGUGAGCUCGCCUGGGACGCAGCGGAGGAGGCGGAGGUCCCGGGGGGAAAGGGGUCCGAAGAAGCGGCCCCCGGGGACGCAAGGGCAGACGCUGGCGAGGACGGGGUAGGGGAUGGGCCACAGCAGGAGUCGGGGGAGGACGAAGAGAGACGAGAGCGUAGCCCGGAGGGGCCAAGGGAGGAGGAAGCAGCGGGGGGCGAAGAGGAAUCCCCCGACAGCAGCCCACAUGGGGAGGCCUCCAGGGGCGCCGCGGAGCCUGAGGCCCAGCUCAGCAACCACCUGGCCGAGGAGGGCCCCGCCGAGGGUAGCGACGAGGCCGCGCGCGUGAACUGCCGCCGGGAGGACGAAGAGGCGUCCGAGCAGCGGGCCCUGGCGCAGGAGCACGACAUAACCCUCUUCGUCAAGGCUGGUUAUGAUGGUGAGAGUAUCGGAAAUUGCCCGUUUUCUCAGCGUCUCUUUAUGAUUCUCUGGCUGAAAGGCGUUAUAUUUAAUGUGACCACAGUGGACCUGAAAAGGAAACCCGCAGACCUGCAGAACCUGGCUCCCGGAACAAACCCUCCUUUUAUGACUUUUGAUGGUGAAGUCAAGACGGAUGUGAAUAAGAUCGAGGAGUUCUUAGAGGAGAAAUUAGCUCCCCCGAGGUAUCCCAAGCUGGGGACCCAACAUCCCGAAUCUAAUUCCGCAGGAAAUGACGUGUUUGCCAAAUUCUCAGCGUUUAUAAAAAACACGAAGAAGGAUGCAAACGAGAUUCAUGAAAAGAACCUGCUGAAGGCCCUGAGGAAGCUGGAUAAUUACUUAAAUAGCCCUCUGCCUGAUGAAAUAGAUGCCUACAGCACCGAGGAUGUCACUGUUUCUGGAAGGAAGUUUCUGGAUGGGGACGAGCUGACGCUGGCUGACUGCAACCUCUUACCCAAGCUCCAUAUUAUUAAGAUUGUGGCCAAGAAGUACAGAGAUUUUGAAUUUCCUUCUGAAAUGACUGGCAUCUGGAGAUACUUGAAUAAUGCUUAUGCUAGAGAUGAGUUCACAAAUACGUGUCCAGCUGAUCAAGAGAUUGAACACGCAUAUUCAGAUGUUGCAAAAAGAAUGAAAUGAAGCUGGGCUGUUUUCUGUCUUAUUUCUCAGUUGAGUGAGCGAGGAUACGAAAACAGUGUGUUCUAUGCAUUUCCUCCAAAUAAGUCCUUCACAAAAUAACACCCAUAGUGGGAUCCACUCAACCCCAAAUGAUACAUGGCCUUGUAAUUUGUCAACUCACUUGUGUAUCUGAAUAUACCAGUAUCUGUUGUUAGACACACCAAUUGUCCAGUUAAUUUAUAUCUGUGGCAUUCACUGACAUUGGAAUCGAUGAUAUUUAGGGCACGUGUUUUUCAUUUUAAGUUUGAAAACAAAUUAGGUUUGGGUUCAAUUCCUUCAAUUUUUAAAAAACUGGUCUCUGAGAGUUUUUUAAAUCAUUGAGAGCCUGUUUUUCUUCUCUAAAACAUUAGUUUAAUUUUCUUCAAAAUGAAAAUACUGCUUUGUAAUUACAAAAUGAGACACACCUAUCUUGAUAUUUUAAAGCAAUAUCAGAGGGUGUAAAGAAGGACAUUUUAACAAUCGCCUUCAAUUUUACUCCACUUAAUUACCGAAAACUUACUGUAGAACAUGUUCCAAAUCUUCAGUAUCUUGUUCUCUCUCUCUCUCUCUCUCUGUCACACACACACACACACACACACACACACACACACAAUUUCAUUCAUAUAUGGUAUUGCAUUAUUUUAUUUUAAAGCACUGGUGAGGGGACCUCUUGGUAAUUCCUGGAUGAUCAUACACAGAGGACUUACACCAUACAAAAAGAUUGGGCACCGCAGUGCCAGAGAAGAUGCUUGAGGUUAGAUUUUAAGGAGUGGGGAAUUGUGAAGCCCACAGAUGCGCACGCAAUGACCAGCAGGAACCAGAAGCCCUGGGUCACCCCCACUCUGCCUCAUUUCUGCCUCCAGGAUGCCACUGCCUCUGCUUCCAGGAAGGGCAAGGGGGAGGGUGCUUAUCCGUGUCUCUGGUUCCAGCUUCCUGUCUUUGCUCCCUCCCCUCUCUUAGAGACUGCCUUCAGCAGGACUCUUAAUAUCUGCUGCAACUUGGAGAACCUCCCUGCCCUGAAAUGUGAACCAAGCACACUUUGGUUCCUUCUCCGGGCGGCUCUCUCUGAGACCCAAGGCUGCAGUCCCUCAGUGCUGGUGGUAUCGUGUGGGGCUAGCAAUACUUCUCUGCCCUUCAUUGUCUCAUCUAGACAUCAAGCAGGGAAAAUCCAGGGAGAUUAAAUUCAUGGUGACAAGUCCUGGAGAGUUCUGGUAAACGGUCUAGUUAGGGAGGGAGUAGAAACUAUUGACUCUAAAGAGUUUCUGGCUGAUCUGUGGCUUUGCCUCCACCAUCCCUAACCAACCUCUCAUCACAGCUUUGUGUGUGGGCUGAGUGCUGGCCUUAACCCCAGGCGUGGAAGAGAAAAUGUGAGGUUGUUUAGAUACUCAUCAGGACCUCACAGGAGCUGAGACUUAUCAGCCAGAAUGUGUUCUUCGGACAGUCGUACACAUCUUACAGAAAACCGUCCUUGUAGAGUUGGUUGUGGUAUGUGUUUGAUGCUAUAAAGCUCAUUUUUAAUGUGUACACCUGCUCUAGGGGCGAUUCGUUUGAAAGAGAGUAAGAUGCAUUAACAGAAACUAUCCUGGGAUUAGGUGAAAAAUGUCUAGCAAAAGAAACAAAGUCUUUAAUAGAGUGGCCUCUUUCUCUGUUCGAUUAUGACUGCUGCAGUUUUGCCCCAGCAGUCGGCUGUCUUUGUCAACCAUACGUUUUUGGAGAUUGGGUCUAGCACAUGUCACCCUUGUCCACGUUGUUUCACAUCUGGUUAGGGGGCAGAUUUUAAAAUGUAGUUUUGUAAUGUUACAUUUAAGCAUGAUAAAUGAUUAGACUACCAGAUGUUACUAGUGUUAACUUUGUAUUCUUAGACAUUAAAAUGAUUGACAUAAACUCUUUGUGCCUUGAAAAUGAAACAAAUUAUAAAAAUGUUUAAAUGGAA